GCCUGUACGUGUUACGUAACGGUCACGUCUAUACGUGAGCGCCGUUUGAUCUUAAAGGAGACGCGACAGACACGCAAACGUUGCUUCGGCCGAGGUGGCGAAUGGAGCCGGAAAUGAGCGGGAUUUUAGCCUCCGGUCCCGGGAUGACAAGGACCACCAGAAACACUGGGUAUUGUUCGGGGGAGGCCGCAAAGCCAUCCCGGGGCUCGGGUUUAUCCUCCGCCUUAAUGAGAGUGAGUCAGAGGCGGGUGAAAGCUGAAGGAAGGGCCCCGGUUCCGGAUGGCACCGCGGGUUUCGGACCUGUUUUGAGAAAGCGGACUGUUCGUGGUUCCGUGGCGCCUAAACAGGCAAACAGGGCGAAUGAGCCGAAGGAGGAUGUCCGGACAAUGACGCCUAAAAAUCCCCCCCGUCAGCGUCGUGGGAGACCUGCUGACACACUUUGCAAAAGCAAAGAUGCCACGGGAACCGUGGAAAAGAUACCCACAGCUAAAAAGGCAUCCCUGCGCACUCCCAGAUCAAAGCUGUCCAAAUCAAGUACAGGCAAACAGAGACCCUCAACCCGAGCCUCCUACUCCACGCCACCAUCAGUAUGCAAAACUGAAUCAGAGGCGGAGACUCUAUCUUUUGGAUUGGAAAGGGGUACUCUGAAAGGAAAAGGGGUAAAGGAGAGACCAAGGCGCCAUCUGACAUUAAAACAGACAGACAGCAACAAAGAAGAGUCAGAAGAAGAGGAUGAGGAGAAUGAGAUUAAGGCUGAAGAGGUGCCAGAGAUUAGCUUGAAACUAGAAGAUGAGGUUGGAGAGGAGGCAGAGCCACCUAGGAAGAGGGGUAGGAGACGAAAGGAUGACAAAACCCCUCGGCUGCCCAAGAAAAGGAAGAAGCCCCCGGUGCAGUAUGUCCGCUGUGAGAUGGAAGGCUGUGGCACUGUCCUAGCCCACCCACGCUACUUACAGCACCACAUCAAAUACCAGCAUUUACUAAAGAAGAAGUAUGCGUGUAAUCACCCCUCGUGUGGUCGCCUGUUUCGUCUGCAGAAACAACUGCUCCGCCAUGCCAAGCACCAUACAGAUCAGAGGGACUAUAUUUGUGAGUACUGUGCCCGCGCUUUCAAAAGCUCCUAUAACCUGGCAGUGCACAGGAUGAUCCACACAGGAGAGAAGCCAAUACAGUGUGAGAUCUGUGGUUUUACCUGCCGCCAGAAGGCUUCCCUGAACUGGCACAUGAAGAAACAUGAUGCUGAAACUUUCUAUCAGUUCUCUUGCUCCAUCUGUGGCAAGAAAUUUGAAAAAAAGGACUGCGUGGUCGCCCACAAGGCCAAGAGCCACCCUGAAGUGGUCAUAGCUGAAGCCCAGGCAGUCAACACCAGCACUCUCCCAACCAGCCCCACCCCGGUUCUGGAGGCAGUCUCUGGGGUCGCUGCGCCUGCCCAACCCCCUGUUAGCGAGGACAACCAGGGAGCCAUCACGGGAGCCCACAUCCCCCUUCAGCAGGCAGUGCCGCCCCUUGCCCCACAGACUCAGCUACCCGCGUCCCCGAGCCAGCUCCAACAGCUGUCCCCACCUCACAUGGUGCAGGUGAAGCAAGAGCAGGAAACCACCACCCUGCUGUGUCUGACCAAUGCCACCACCUCUGCUGCUCAGCUCUCGAGCCCCAGCCAGCCCCAGCUCAUUCAGCUGACCAACCUGCCGCUGACAACAGUGACCACUGCACCUACCUCCACCGCAGACUUCCAGACCACCCUGCUGACCUUGAGCUCUGUUGCAACGUUCACCCCCACAGCCACCUUGAUUCCCCACCAGACAAUGGACUGGGCCAGGGAGGAUGGAAUGGUCCCGCAGCCAGAUGGAGAGGGGGUGCUGUGGGAGAGGGUGGUGGUGGGGGAGCAGCAGAAUACGGGGGAGAUGGUGUGGCAGGGAGAUGUGGAGAGGGGUAAGAAAGAUGGGGGAAUGGUUUGGGGCAGCGAGGUGGAGAGGCAGAUGCUGUUGGGGAGUGUUGACGUACAUGGGGAUAGCUUGAUCUAGAUGGAGAAAGAAAGGGGGGACAAUUGGGCGGGGAGUGAUCUGAUGUAAAGUCAUUUGAACACAAAAAAGUGGCAUUCAAAGAAAGUUGAAUCAGUUCAUCUGGAUACGUUUAUUGACAGAUACGUUUCAUCUCUCAUCUUAGUGACCUCUUCAGUCUAAACUGACUGCAGGUAUCCCCACCCUUAUAAACAAUAGUCAAUUCAAGUCAAUUUUAUUUGUAUAGCCCAAUAUCACAAAUUACAAAGCUGCCUCAGGGAGGCUUUACAGCAACACAACAUCCUGUCCUUACCCUCACAUCGGAUAAGGAACAACUCUCAAAAAAAAACCUUUUAGCAGGGAGGGAAAAAAAUUAGUCACAUGUCUGAGUGAGAGAAGGAUAUGUAGCGCCCCCAUGCCGCGGUGAUGGGCAUGAAACCUUAAAUUAACUAAACUCUCUUUUAGGGGUACCCUGGGUUCUUUUUAACCUUUUAACAACACAGUUGCAUAACGACCAAAACCAGUAAUCAGUUUCAUAUGCAAAUUGUCAUAACCAUUAACUAAAGUUUCAAUGGCCGUGUGUGCUUUUCACAGAGGAUUUGGGAAUGUUUGCAACCAGCAUUGUAAGAUGGCAACAGAUGUACUUUUAGCCCCCCCUCGGUUCAGGGAUAGUCGUUCCUUCUUCACAUAGAUGGCCUCUUUGUCGCCCCAUUCAAACCAACGUUCCUCCCCAUCAAGGAUGUGCACAUCCCCAUCCUUGAAAGAGUGGCCACUGGCCUGUAGAUGGGUGUAGACUGUGGAGUCCUGGCCUGACGUGUUAGCUCUUCUGAGUUGUGCCAUCCUCUUGACCAGCGUCCGUUUAGUUUCCCAGAUGUACAAGUCACAGCAGUCCUCCCAGCACUUAUUAGCAUACACUAUAUUGCUCUGUUUGUGCUGGGGACGCGAUCCUUGGGGUGGACCAAUUUCUGGCGCAGUGUGUUUUGGGGUUCGAAAGCAGCUGAGAUGUGAUGUUUGGAAAAUACGCGUCUCAACUUUUCCGACACUCCCGCCACAUACAGAAUCACACCACUGGUUUACACUUAGGCAGCUGUUGUCCUUCUCCUCUCUUCGAUUGGCUGGUGCUUUGUUUGGGCAUCUUCCUGGCUUUGACAAACGUCCAGUUAGGAUAACCACUUACCCAGGGCCAAUAAAUGUAUCCAGAUGAACUGAUUCAACUUUCUUUGAUUUUCUUACCUGGUUUAUUGAGCAUGCAUAAAGACAAAGAAGUGGCAUGUUUUGCCUAUUUGUAGGACUUGGUGACAGAAAUAUCAGAAGGAAAUGACGACAUUUGUUAAGCUUACGUUUAAAGAACAAUUAAAAUAUAAAUGAGUAAACUAUAGUUUUAUCUUUAUGGAGUGUAAUAACAACUUGCAUACUUAUGCAGCACUACUUGUUAUCAGGGAGUUUAAUUUCUGUCAGUAGCUUUUUGAUAAUUGACUAUUUUGCUAUUCAUUUAGCCUGUGUUGAUUCUGUCUGCCUGUGUGUCCAUGUGUGCUUAUGUGAAAGAGAGGACGAGCCAGAUGAAGAAAAGGAAAUGGUGUAAGAUGAUGGAAGGAAAAUGUGUGUAAGACAGGCAGCUUAAAGAUGCUGUAUUUUUUUUAUAUUGGUUUGUCGACAUUUGUUAGAGAUAUGUAGUCUUGAGAGUUGAUUGAUUAUAAUGCAAGAAAAAAAAUCACUAAUAUCCCCAAAGUAUUCCAAUCUUUUAAAUUUGCAUUUCUUUAUAGGCUAAGGUCAGUCACACUCAAGUUGACUAAUUUAUUUUCUGUGCUUUGCAUAUGCAUAAAUCUAACCUAAAGAAACUAGAUUUUUUUGUUAAAUUUUGUAGUUAUGCAGUUUCAGCAACACAAGUAUGGUUUGAUUAUAUCAACACAGGUGUAUGUAAGCUUAUAUUUGUGACAUUAUAAGAGAUAAAGUUUGUUUUUGGAAGCAAUUUCCUCUACUUAAAGUUUUGAUUAUGAGGAAUAAAAAAAUACCACACCCCUGUUCACUACCACUAGUACUGAACAGCACAGGCAGAGUUUGACAUUUGCUCUGGGGGGGCAAACAUUUUUUUAAUGACGUCAGUAUACAGUCAAACUAUUGCGUGGCAUAUUACACAUAUCACAGAAGACAAUAGUGCCAAACUUGCCAUAAAGUCAAACAACACAGCGCAACAAUUCAGUUUCUGACCACUUUGUACUAUACACACAACUGAAGUGCACUGGCAACCGCAAAGUUUAGGUCUGUUAAAAGUGAAAUAUCAUUUGUUUAUAUUGUACUGGUAGACAUUCAUUUUCCAUGUACCCUGUUAAAACGUUAAGUGUACACAUGAACUGAUUUCGUGUUGAAUUGAAAACUAUAUAAUAUGCAUACUCACUCAUCCAACUUAUAAGCGUGCACGCAAUUAGUAAAUGCUCAGCAACAGUGUCGCCUGUUGUUACAGUAGGCUUGUAAAAUAUGUGUGUAUUAAGUAACCAGUGUCCUACCUAAUGGAGAAGUAAAUGCCUU